AUGUUCCGGGAGAGGAACAUGUCCAGUGUGUCGGGGACUCUCUCCGUGGCAGUGUGGGGGGGGAACAGCAGCAGAGGUGCUCUGCAGGUAUCCCCUCCGCAGGUGGCAGUGGGCGUGCUGCUGACCCUCAUCGACCUGGUCACCUUCCUGGGCAACACCGUGGUGUUCAUCUGUCCGCUGGUAGAGAGGCGGCUCCGCACCGUCACCUACAUGUUCAUCAUGUCCCUGGCCAUGGCCGACCUGCUUGUGGCCUGUCUUGUCAUGCCCUUCAGUAUUAUUUACGAGGUGACGGGGAUGUGGCUGUUCGGGAAGCAGUUCUGCAAGAUGUGGAUCUCGUUUGACGUGCUGUUCUGCACGGCAUCCAUCGUUACACUGUGCUUCAUCAGCCUGGAUCGAUAUUGCUCUGUCGUCACACCCCACCACUACCCCAGGAGGAUGUCACGACGCAGAUGCAUCAUCAUGACAGUCACGAUCUGGGUCUAUUCUUCAUUAAUCUCAUUCUUGCCGGUCAUGCAAGGCUGGAACGAAAUCCCGGGAGUAGACUUUGACUCGGGUACCGACUGCAUUUUUGUCACCAACUGGAUGUUCGCCAUCGUGGCGUCCGCCUUGGCUUUCUACAUCCCGUUCCUGAUCAUGUGCACCAUGUACUUCUUCAUUUACCGCGCAUCCCGUCUGAAGGCUACACGCAUCAUGGCCCAGACCCUGGACCUGCACUACCACCCCGACAGCAAACGCCCCAACAAUCUACAGCUGGAGAACAAGGCCACGCGCACCAUGAGCAUAAUCAUCUCCGUCUUCAUCAUGUGCUGGCUGCCCUACUUCGUGCUCAACGUGUGGAUUGCUGCCAAGGGCUCCGGCAGUGACAGCCCCAUUAUCACCUGCAUCUUUAAAAUCAUUACUUGGCUGGGUUACUGCAACUCCACCAUCAACCCCAUGCUGUAUGCCUUCCUGAACCGGGACUUCCAGAGGGCGCUCAAGAAGCUGCUGAUCUGCCAGCGCUGGCGGUCCCAGGUAGACAUCGGGGAGGACAUGGUCUCCAUCGUGACCUUCUCCCGCACAGCUCAGGACCCAGAGUACAGUGUGAAGGCCACCACCCUCUCCAGCAGGGGGGCUCUGAAGAGCAAGUCCAAGCAAUGAACUGACAGACACACUCACCACUGCUCUCAGAGGCUACACAUCUGUUGUGCUAAGCAGCACAAUGAGUGAGCUAAGAGCACGUGGGGAACCUUUUGGAGUUUCAUUCACCUAAAAGCAGUUAUAUGCAUAUGCUUAGUUAAUAAAUAUAUUACUUCAAUGUUCAAAGCCUGAAUAGGAAUAGUAAUUCAUUACUUCUAUAUAAAAAAAAAGAGACUUGGAGAGGUAGCAACAAAGGGUAAUAAGAGACAGGAACCGAAGGAAGUGCUUUUAUAUAUUGCGGAUAUACAGUAAUCUGGAUGUGAGGAUGUUUUCUAACAGCCCCAGCUACUCCUGCAAGCUUGGGGAUGGUACUGUCAGAGCAAUUUUUUAAAAUGAUGCAAUAACUGAAUCUAAACAGUUACUUGGUCUUUAUCAAACCAUUAGCACUGUACUCUUCAUGCAGCACCCAGGUCCUUUUCCAUGGGGGUGGGUUACAGGAUUCUUACCUGAUCAGCAGGUUUCAGAAUGUUGGAGAUGUUUUGUUGGUUUCAACACUGACUGUAUAAAUGUAAAUAGAUUCUAUUAAAAUGUUCAUGUAGCCUGGAUGUACAAGUGGACUUACACGUUUUAAUUGCACUUAUUUUAACAGGAAAUACACAGUUUUAUUUUGAAACCGACAACAAUAUGUUACUAGUUUAGCAAAAAAAAAAAAAAUCUACAGCUGGCACUUCAUCUAACCUGCAAGAAAUAAAGACAGCUGCAAUUAUCGUACACAUUUUAA